AUAAUUUUGGAAAAAACUAGUUCCCCAAGCUUCUAAAACUUCAAGGUUUCAUAUAUGAAAAAGGUGUAAGAGGGAAAAGCCCUACCUCCUCUUUCUCCCAACUCCUUCCUCCUACUCUUACCCUCACCCAUCUCUGUUUCUCUCAUUUUCCCUCACUUUCUUUCUUAUUUUAAAAACUAAACUCCCAAACUGGACAUAUACCAUAUAAAUAUAUUUUGAAGGGAUGAAAAUGAAUAUGUGUGCUUAGACAUUGGAUGGGCCAGAAGGGCUAAGGGUGAACCGUAUUUAGAGUUGAAAUUACUUUGAUUAAAGGGUGAUAGACAGAGUCGGUUGGCGUGGCUGCUUCUUUUGGCAUGGGUUUCACGUGCCAUGGAAACACUGAUUACUACUAUUUUUUUUCCUUUUUUUUUUCUUGUCUCUUGCAAAAUUUUUCAUUGAAAAUGGGUCAAUUUGAGAGACCAGCAAUAAUGGCUCUUGCAAUCUAACUAGUGGUCUUAGUGUUUCCCUUGCCAGUCCUGAUGGUCGCAUCAUUGGUGGAGGUGUUGGAAGAAUGCUUAUUGCACAUAUCAAUCUUCAUUUCUGAAUCCAUGAUUCUGCUGGGAUUUUUUGCUGGAAUUGGUGUGCGUGUAGUAAAUGAGCUUGGUGCAGGCAAUGCCAAACGUGCCAAAUUUGCAACUGCAGUGGACCAGGUUGAAAUUCCCACAACCUUACUAGCAUUCAACAUUCUUCUCAACUGCAUUCAACUAGUUCUUUCAGGUGUGGCAGUCGGAUCUAGUUCACAAGGUGUAGUGGCAUUUGUAAACAUAGGUAGCUACUAUAUAGAUGGAGUUCCUCUUGGUGUCUUCUUAGGAUGGCUUCAAUUUAGUAUCACAAUAAGUAUAGUUAUUGUGCCACAAGUUUUUAGCAAAAGAGUCUUCUCAUUUCAAAAUUAUAAAAAAUGACAGUACUCGAAUUAGUUUAUAUACUUGAAACGUGAGUUCGGUUCAUUUUUCUCUACUAUAUUUUGAGCCUGAUGCUCAGUUGGGGCGUCUCAGAGCUUUUCCUUCUGCUUGGGCUAUUAGGUUCAUAUCAACACUUCUGGGUAAAGGAAUAGCUUUCAAAAGAUGGAUCAAUUGCAGCAGUGACUGGACUACCUUUCUCAAAUUUUUU